AUGUAUUAAGUCUUUAUUAGUGGUUUACCAUACACUGCUUCAGAAAAUGAUGUUUAAACACUUUUUGAAGAUUGUGGAGAAAUUCUGUAAUUCAUAGCAAUUAAUCUAGUUCUAUUAAAUUGCCUAGAUAUUAGGAUUCAAACAGACUUUUAGGAUAUGGUCAUAUUACAUUUAAUGAUUAAGAAGCUGUUAAAAAAGCUUUAGCACUUAAUGGCUCAUAAUUAGGAUCUAGAUAUAUUGAUGUUAAGGAGGCUAAAGGAAUUCAAUCACAAAAACCAAGUGUUCCUCCUCCAGAUUGUCUUACUAUUUUUGUUAAAAAUCUCUCUUAUGAUUUAAAUGCUGAUCAAAUUGGAGACUCAUUUAGACCCUGUGGGAAAGUUGCUAAUGUUAGAAUGGUUUAUAAUACUGUUACUAAGAAUUUUAAAGGCUUUGCUUAUAUAGAUUUUGAAGAUCAUUAAUCAGUCAUUAAAGCUUUAUAAAUGAAUGGAAAAAAAGUUCAUGGAAGACUUGUCUAAGUUGAUUAUGAUGUUAAAUAACCUAAGGCAGGUUUUAGAUAUCAAUCAAAACAAAUUGAAUAAUAAAGCAAGUAUAAUAAAGAGUAUUAAGAAAUUUAAAAAAAGAAAAUCAAAAAAGAAAAUGCAGUUUCAAAAGUUAAAAAAAUUAAAAACUUUGCAGAAACUUAAAAGUAAAUAUCUGCUUAAAGAAAUAAGCAACAAAUAUGA